CCAUUAAUCCCAAAGAAGCAGAAACGACGUCACUGCACACAGACUCACAGCAGCAGGACGAGGACAACCUUUCUGAACCUUUAAAACAUAAAAAUGGAUCUAACCGAACAGAUCAACCAGCUGGAGGCAGACAUGCAGGAGCUCGGGUCACUCCUGGAGAAGUCUGAGAGGAAAAGAGUGCAGGAGCUGCUAAAGCAAGAGCAGAAGAAGGUGGAGAAGGAGCUUGCAGCCAAACGACAACAGAAGGAGCAACAAGCCAGGAGAGCGGCAGACCCGUCUGCUGCCCCUAAAGCGACAUACACGGUCAAGAUCACCAACUAUGCGUGGGACCAGUCAGAGAAAUUUGUCAAAAUUUACCUUACACUGAAGGACGUGCACAAAAUUCCAUCAGAAAACGUGGAGGUCAACUUUACAGAAGGGUCAUUUUCUGUGCUUAUAAAGGAUCUGGGUGGGAAAAACCAUCAGAUGGCAGUCCUCAACCUGUUAUGCCCAAUUGAUGAAAAGGACAGCUAUAAAAAGAUAAAAACAGACAUGGUCCUGGUCAUGUGCAAGAAGCAGACGACAAAGAAGUGGGAGUGCCUUACAAAGGCUGAAAAGCAGUCCAAAGAUAAAGAGAAACCCAACGUAGAUGAAAGUGCAGACCCCAGCGACGGCCUGAUGAGCAUGCUGAAGAAGAUUUACUCAGAGGGAGAUGACGAGAUGAAGAGAACCAUCAACAAAGCCUGGUCAGAGUCUCAAGAGAAGAAAAUACGAGGAGAAGAAGGCGGCAUGAUGGACUUCUGAACUGCACACACUGCUUUUCCACUGCAGGACCAAGCCAGAGGCACACGUAGCUGACAUGACUUGAAUAUUAAACGUUCUGAGUUGAGAGUACAGUCCGACAUAUAAAUCAUUUCCACAAAAUCUAGAAAUUUAGUAUACAGCUCAUAAAUAAGAUUUAGGGAUUAAUGUUUCGGGUGGCCUCGUUCUGGCCCUGGUUUGUCAGAAGACGUAAUGCCGUUGAGAAUGCAUUCUCAAGAAAAUGCCUGCUCAAACACAAGUGCACUGUCCAGUAGAUGGCAACCUUAAUACAACAAGAAAUCACAUUUCAUCACUUUAACUUUUUUUUUUUUUAGAGGUUAUCACACCCCAAUGCAGUUUGUUUUUCCUGAGAUAAAUGUCUGUCAGUAGUUCAUAGUUUAAAUUGGACCAGAGUUAUUGAACCGUGUUCUUUAAAGUCACAUCUUAAUGUUGUUCCUGUGCAGCUAAAGAUUUAAGAUGUUUUCAAAUGUACAUUUGCCAAAGUCAUGCUCAUAUUCCUUCAGUGGAGAUAACCACAGGGCUCUUCUGACUUCUUUUAACAUUCUCAGAUCUUUUAUUUUUUGUCAUUUCAUAAGCUUUACUAAGUAGAGUACUACUUAUGCAUCAGCCCAGUGGAAUAAUUUACUGCAUGGGUCUGUUGCAUAACGUAAUGCUCUAAAACGUUCUUUAUGAUUCCUUAAUGUGACCAGUACCCACUAUACUUUCUGAUUACAGUUGCACUAUUCAAAUGUAAUUUUUCCUCCAACAUUUGUGAAUAUGUAAACAUUUUAUUUUAAUAAUGUUGAUUAUUGUGUCAUCCUACAUGCUGUCCUCAGAUUGUUCAUGAAGUUCUCACAAAUACAGAUCUUCAGCUGACUCUU